AUGGCAAAGGACUAUAACUUACAACUAUCAUCAUUGUACUUUGUUGAACAAAGUCAAUCACCAAUAGGCGAUAACAACAACAACAAUGAUAACAACAAUGAUAGCAACAAUGAUAACAACAACAGUCCCAAAUUUGCUGUACCAACCAAGUAUGCAUCAAUGGGAAAGAUUGUAAACCUUAAUAUGAAUGUUAAAGCAGGAAAACUAGAGUUGAAUGACAUGGAUAAGCGUAAGCUAGUACUGCCAAUCAAUCAACAUCUAAAGAUGAGGAUGAGCGCCAAGAGUACAACCAUCAUUGUUGACUGCCCUGUUCCUGCCAUUCCUUUGGAAUCAGUCAGCAAGGACAAAUGGAAUCCUGUGGAAUCCAUGGACCCGUUCGUUGUGGCACUGAAGGAUGUCCGGCGAUUCAUCUGCAUCUCUAACUUCUCAGAGGUGCCAAAGAAGUUGAUCAAGUUCAACAACGAGCAUAAUCUGAUCGUAUUCGAUGAUGAGAGUGUUGACGCUGAUGCUGCAUCCAUAUUCUUUAACGCCGACCAGGACAUACAAGAGGAGGGUGGCGACAACAAGGAUAAGGACAAGGACAAGGACAACAAAGGCAAGGGUGGUUUAUUCUCGAGGAUACUCAACUCUGCGGCGAAGGUCAUCAAGAAUGCCAUUGCACCCACUGAGACAUUCGAUACAACGACACUACUUGGUUUGAUCAAGUAUUAUAACAAGUGCGUGUCGAUCAGUACCAAGGAGAAGGAAGUCAUCCUUAAUCAGCUGAACAAUGUCAAGCCUCCACCUGUUACCGACUUUGAGAGUCUACGCGACAAGGAGGCCCUAAAGAAGCUCUCCAACGACAACAAGAACUCACAUGUAGUCUCAUUCCAGAUCUUGAUGAAGAUUGAUAAUGUCCUGCCAGAUGGUCUUGGCGAGUCAAAGAGUAUGCUCUUGGAGAGCUUUACCAAGUUCCGGUAUCAAGCUCGUGCACCCUUAGUGAGCGAAGAGAUAUUCAAGAUAUUCCUCUUGAAUAAUUGGCUAAAGAACGAUCCAAACGUGGCAGACCUAUUGCUCCGCACGUCAUUCCUGUACAUCGAACUGUUUGGAUCGGAGAAACACAUUGACGUCAUGUUCUCAGCCUUUAUCAACUAUGUUCAAACCAUGAAUAUGUUUGAUCUUGAGGACUUGUACACCACCUACAGCACCAUAUGCUCAAACAAUCGAGUCCAACUACUCAGUCUCUUUGCCAAGCAAUUCAAUCUAUUCAGUCCACAUAAUGAGCUUGGUCAAUACCAUCUAGUCUUCCAGAAGUUUGUUGAGCAUACUAACUAUGCAAGCGAGAAGAACAAGUUCGCUCCAUUGUUUAAGAACAUUGACCUCAACGCACUCAAUCCAUUGAUGCUUGGAUUCAUCCUACAAAUGAGCCAGAAGUUCCAACAAGAGGAUGUGGUCCAGGAUAUAUAUUAUAACUUGAUUCAAUACCCAGAUGAAUUCAUCAAGGCCACCAGUAAGAUGGAUGCCUACAAUAUCAAGAAUUUGGGCACAAAGUUAUCAAGUCGAAUUCGCAAUGACUUCAGAACGACAGGACUUACCAAGUACAUCGAGUUACUCCAUCAUACCCAAUUCUAUUCUGUACUCGAUGGUGUCGCAUGUCAACCAAACGACUUCACCUUUGACACCAAGAAGGAGUUGUUGAACAUGGGUCGGGAUGACAACAACAAGUGCAUCACAUUCCUUCAAAACAAGAUCAUGAUCAGCGCCAGUAUCGAUGAGUACGUGACUCUGUUGUUGGCAGUCCCAGCCUAUCGCGUUCUUCAAGAGGGAAACAAAAGGUUUCCCUGCACGUUGAUUUAUAUCAACUUGAUGUCCGAGAGAGAGUUGGCACUCAGGGCCACAGCAAGUGAGAUGCAACCAUGGACAGGAGAUCACUUCCAGUCUUAUUGGGACCUGUGCAAAAACAUGGUCGAUACACUCUACAUUUACUCGCAUUAUAUGCCGAUUGACGUGAUCAAGUACAGUCUUCCCCACUUGAUGCUCGUCAACAAACUAAUCACAAUGUCCUUGAAAGACUUUGUGGACACCAAGCUCUUGCAACGAAUCGAGAAGUACCUUGUGCUACAACAACCAUCAUGUGACAACAAUGUCAUUCACUGGCCCAACGAGUUCACCAUGUACAUGGAGAAUAAGAUCAAGAUACACGACAUGUUGAUCAAUGCUUAUAAGAUGAACUGCAUGAACUUAAAGAGCGAUGAUGUACAGACAAAGGCAUUGUUUGAUGAGAUUGCAAGGCUGUUGCUGAGAUACUUUGAUGUCAAGUUGAAUGAUCAUAUUGCCAUGUUCAAGGAGGCUGAGGAGAAGCUCAAUCAGUUCAAUUGCUACAUCAGCGCAGCCAAUGUACUCAGCAGAACAUUCUCCAUCCAUUGUCCAAUCAAUGAGAGCAAAGAGAAUAGAUCUGGACUCAUCCUCCAGCGUUUGAAAGAGGUGCUGCCAAAGGUCAGGCAACAGAUAGUGGACAGCUGUACCAAGAAUGGACUGGUCAUCAACAAUGAUCAAUCAUUGAUGUUCCUCGGACACUUUGGACGACAGAGUCACAAUCAGUUCUUCCUGGCCAUCAUCAACUUUUAUGCCAAGUCAUCGUCAGACGCCAACAAAGUGAUCAAUGUUGACAUGCUAUGCGAGCGAACCAAGACCCUGAUGCAAGACAUCAUCAACAUGAACCCUGACAUCGAGGUCACCGACCUUUUCCAAGAGUUUGCCAACUUCUCUGGUAUCUCCCAACGAAAUGAGAUCAUCACAAUCUACAAAUACUUCAAUGUCAAUGAUGGAGUGGCAGCUGACCCAAACAACAACAACAACAAACAAGUUGACGCAGCCAAGAAUGAGAAUAAGAUCAUCGAUUUCAUCACGAGGAUCACAUCGAUCUAUGGAUACAAGAAGAACUUGGACAUUUUGUUUGGAUUCCUUCAGAAUCAUCAGGACAUCAAGAUCCACGAUUGGGAGGAGCGUCGAGACUACCUCAACAACCGCAUCAAUAUCUUCAUGAAUGGCGAUGAGAAGGGCGUCCAGGACUGCCAGGUCUUCUUCAAGUUGGUGUCGCGUGCACUUGGCGGACUGGACUACACGCAGCUCGAGUACUUCAAGGAUGUGCCGGUCGACCUGCUCAAGUUCUACUCCUGCUUCAAGGGCGACAAUUUCAUCAAGAAGUGUGACAUCAUCACGCAGAACCUGCUCACGGACACGGUCAACGACAGCUUGCUCACCAAGACGAUUAACGUGCACUCGAUCCUCGCGCCACUCAUCACAGCCUACACAAGUGGCAAGUCCUACUCACUGGAGGAUUUUUGCAAAGCCGUGUAUCAACGCAUCAGCACGACCGACUCGCAGUUCCAGGUGUGCCUCGACAAGAUCAAGGUGGUCACCAGCUCGUUCGCCCAGGUCCAGGUGCUGUUCUCGACUGCCACAGGCACGUACAGCCUCGAGACUAUCCUCCCAGCAGUUGUCAACCUGUUGGCCAAGUCUGAGUUUGUGUCGCGCACAUCCAAGUUUGAAGAGGGCCUUUUGGAUUGGUUCAUUGAGGUCAAGGCCGACAAGACCAGUGUGGUACACAAUCAAAACAACAUCGAGGACUUUGAUCAAGGACUCAAGUUCGUCAUGAACAACAAGCAGUUGACCAAGGCCAAGCAGGAGCAGAUGGCCAACAUCGAGAACUUUGCCACACUAGUUGUAUUGCUCAAGCGCAUCCACAAUCUGCACUGCCAGCUCGACAGCACCUUCCACCCGCGAUACUUCAAGGGCGAGAUCAAGAUGGACAUUCGUCAAUCAAACAUCCAAAAGUUCCAACACAUGGAGAAGCAGCUGGAGGCACAUCUCAGGGAGUGGCGCGAAUCAAUCAAGAUGUUGCCACCCCAGCUCUGGCUCCUUCGCUCACAGGCGCUCUCAUCGAUGAUCAAAGAGGUGGUCGUGCAGGCUGAUCUCUUGACCAUCUUUAAGGAGUACCCCCAGCGUAUGUUCCCAAAGGACCAGGCAAACUACAUUGACUUCCUCAUACAGUUGGUAGCGAUUCUCAAAGAACGCAACUUUAUGGAUGUGUACGACCUCAAUGAGGACAUGGACAGCAUGGGGCCAAUGAUACACACACUAACAGACAAGCGCACAGUGUUUGACGUGCUGACACAGCUCAACAACAGCAAGAUGCCAGACCCCGGGCAGGUCUUCUACGCACACACCUUUGACUCGGAAAUGGAGCACUUCUUCCGCAUUUCCAAGCAUGUCAAGGGUGCCGUACUGUUCCUGCUCGGCAUUCCAAAGAGGAAGGAGAGGCUGUUGUACAAGCUGUCCAAGUAUCAUCAGAACCAGCGAUCAUUGACAUUGUCGCGCAUCUACAUCAUCUCGCUGGAGCGAAAUGAUGGCCAGGAGUUGUUUACAUUCAUCGAUCGCUACAAUGAGAAGAUACAAAUCAAUCAUUGGGGACCAGAGAUAAAGAAGCAAUGGAUCGCCAGCUCGGCCAUCAAGUCACUCAAUCUUCUCCAGGGACCAAGUGGCACGGGCAAGACAUUCUAUGUCCACUCGCUCAAAAGCACAGUGGCGGCAUCGACCACGGUCCACUUCCGACCCGGCUUUGAUCCCAAGUCUCUGAUCGACACGUUUGAGAACUUCAAGUAUCAGCAGUUCCCCGCAGGCACCAAUGUGCUCGUCCACUUCCUGCUCUCACCCUAUGCCGACAUGGACCAAUUCAAUCAGUUCAUCUACCCACUAAUUAUGCGUGGCUUUGUGUUUGGACAUCGUGUUGGCGAGAUCAUCAACAUACCUGAGACCAUCAACCUCCAAUGCUUCAUCGAGAUUGGUUCGCCAUUGGAAGAGUGCAAGCUCAGCAUUGCUGAUUACGUCUCCCAAUCAAUCCCCCUCAUUCAACUCCUGGCCAAGCCCAUCAGAUACGAGAACUCCAACUGGAUGUUCACCAAAGACUGCCACGACACACUCACCAAGUUCCUGCCCAGGGCAGUCGCCAAUAUCGAUUCAUACAUUCGCGAUGACGUCACAAGCAUUGCACGCAGCCUGGAGCCAGCAUACCGUGUGCCAUCGAUCACACAUCACCAGCGCACCAACUUCCUGCAUCUCCUCUGCGAGCGUCUCAAGUUCCACACCGUGUAUCUUGUAUUCCAUCGAUACCUCCAGCAGAACGGCCAUCCCGUCAACCGCAUGCUCACACCCGAUCAGCUUUACAACCAGUUCGUGCUCGAGUCGGUCAAGCUAUCUGACCCAAUCUUUGCCUCCAAUCAAAUGAUCCAAGAACGCCCGCCACUAAUCACCUGCCCCUCGCUACCUGUGGACGAGGCCGAUGGGUUCAAGAUGGCCAUGGUGGACUUUGUCGACUUCUCCAACAACCCACACGUCCAGCACGUCGACACAUUGAUCACGCAGGACCAGGCCAAGGCCUCGCCAGCACAAUUCAGAAAUGCGAUCAGCAACGCCUUUGGUAUCCAUUCGCGAACAUACAUCCUGGGCAACCUCAGCCAGCAGUACUGCUUCGUUCUCACGCCCGACUUUGGCAUGCGUCUCCUUCUCCUGCAUAACAAGGUCAAGAACCAGCGAUCGCUGGUACUCACAGGCGACACAGGUGUUGGAAAGACCUAUGUCCUGCUCUUCUACUCUUUGCUCAUCAAUGCUAAGAACGAUCGUCUGCCGGACAUCUUGUUCGACAUUAAGUCCAUCAUCAACACAAUCAUCAAGAACCACAACAUUCGUGCAGCAACCAUCCCCAACAUCGAUGCUGGCGCGUCCAAACAGGAGAUUCUCGAUUGGCUUCUGCGACUGGAUGAUUACAAUCCAGUGAUCGGGGCUGUAGCUGCGCAACAAGCUGCCGAGACUGCCAAGGCCACGUUUAAGGCCAACCUCUACCUUGAGAUCGAGAGCAAGAUCAAGAAGUUGCUCAAGGACUAUGAGCUCAUCAACAUGAAGGGCAACGACAUCUUGGCCAGGAUAAGGGACGGUGCAGCACGUGUGGUCACCUCCAAGGACACAAUGAUCGAGACCGUCACAGCCAUCAUGUCAGUCGAGUUCCACUCAUUGUUCCAUCGUGUAAUCAUGCAUCAACGUUUCACAUCCAAGGAGUUCAAGCUAGGCGUGAAGAAGCUGAUUGAGCAGGCCAAAGACCUUGCCAAGAUCAACACCGAGCUCAAGAUGGUGGUGUUCAUCGACGAGUUCAACACGGCACCAUUCGACACGCUCUCACUCAUCGAGGAGAUCUUUGCCAAUGGACGCCUGGAUGGAGAGGACUGUAUCCCAAGCAACAUCUUCUGGGUGGGCGCCAUGAAUCCACAGAUGGUGACCAAAGGCAACAGCGUGGACUACACCGGCCAACUGUCGGCCACAUCGUCCAAAGCAUUCGUCGUCCACAACUGUCCACCAUCAAUGGCCCGACUUCAACUCAACUAUGGUGUGUUUGAAGCACGCCACGAAGAACCAUUCUUGGAACACUUCUCCAAGUUGCGACCCAACAUCAGCCAACAUUGGGACCAGCUCAAACAAUUCAUUAUUAUUGGACAGAACGCCAUUCGUGAUGCCAAGGAAGACAGAGUGCAUAUGAGCAUCCGCGACCUCGUGCGCAGCAUCGACAUCUAUCGCUUCUUCAUGGAGGAGCCUUGCGGCGAGCGCAUCCUUAUGUGCGCCUAUCCCAAAAUGGACGAAGACCUCCAUCACUGGCUGGCAAUGAUCGUCAGCAUUGCGCUAAGCUACUACCUACGUGUGUCAGUUACCAAGCGCAAGGACAUCCUGACAAAGUGCCACGACUUCAUCGCUAGAUUCUGCCCCUACCUCUUUGACAACCUACCAGGUGGCGUCAACGUGUUCCUCUACACAUUCAAACAGAUCUAUACUGCAUUCUGUAGCAAGGAACACACUCACCUGCCGCCCGGCAUUGCGCUCACUGAGGCGCUCCAACUCAACAUCUUCUGCACGGUCGUGUCGGUCAACUGCAUGAUCCCGCUCUGUAUCGUCGGUCCGCCCGGUUGCUCCAAGACGCUCUCCUUCUCGAUUGUCAGCGACAACAUGAACAUGCCUAAGAUCGACCAGCGCUCUCCCUGGGCGGCUAUGCGCAACAUGGUCACAUUCCGUUAUCAAUGCACGCAGCACACGACAGACAUCGAGAUCAAACAGAAGUUUGAGCAGGCACUCAAUCGCCAACGCGAGUAUGACAACAGCAACAGCAAGAUGCGAUCAGUCGUGUUCCUGGAUGAGGCGGGUCUGGUCAACGAGGAUGACUCACCCAUGAAGAUCAUGCACGACUACCUCGACAAGGUUGCCCAGAAGACUGAGAAGGAGACAGCUGACAUCGCAAUCGUCAUCCUCUCCAACAAGAUCCUCGACGCUGCCAAGACCAACCGCAUGCUCCUGCUCGUCCAUCCACCGACCAUCACCAAAGAGGACGAGGUAGCCCUGGUCCAAGGAUGCCUUUUCAACAACGAGACCUGCCUCGAGGCAGAGAUCAAACAGCAGACAUUCAUCAGCGAUGCACUCUGUGCUGCCUACAAGCGUGUCAAUGAGUUUGCUCGUGACUCCAAAGCCAACCUCUUCCAUCAGCGCGACUUUGUAUACUUCUUGCGACACAUGUCUCGCGCGUACAAUGCCAACAACAAGACUUUGAACGCAUCGAUCGUACUCCACUCACUCGAGAGGAACUUUGGAGGUGUGCCCCUUGGUCGCUUCAGAGAGAUGGCCACAGUAUUCCUCAAGGAGCUCAAGAUGGCCAGCACUGAUGACCUCAAGCUGCUCGAACAUGACAACACUGUUGAACGCAUCAAGGAGUCCCUGGCCGAGACAGUCGACACCAAGCAGAACUUGAAUGUUGCCGCUUUCAGGUACAUGAUGCUUAUCGACCCGACAGAGAACGAGACAUCUCUGAUGAUCCUUCGUGAGCUCCAAGUCGAACAUACAGUGAUCCGUGUUGGUGGCUUCGAGACAGACACGAGACCAGAGUCUCUAGUCAAGGUUGUGAGCGAGAUCAAGAACGCAAUGACAGUAGGCAGCACUGUGGUGCUGGUCAACACACAGCUGAUUGACGCGUGCUUCUACGAGGUGUUCAAUCGCUACUUCACCAUCCAGCCUGACGACGACGGAGACAAGUUCGUGGCAAUGGUCAGCUUCGCCUCGCACAGCAUCCUCACGCCCGUCCACCCGGAGUUCAAGAUCAUCGUCCACAUGCCACUGUCGCGUCUGGAGAACACCCAACUCCCAUGGCUCAACAGGUUCGAGAAGUACUACCUCUCUCUAGAGAACAUGAUGGAGUACUUCCUGCGCACUGACGCGCCACACUUGAGGAAGGACUGUGAGUUGCUCAUUCGCGAGGGCAAUCAUUUUGCCAACUUCUUCCAUGCCAGCGCCAAUCGACUGCUGUUGGCGGGAUUCUCAGACAGCGAGACUGUGCCCUCACUCGUGUAUUCAAUGGCUCGCGAGGCAUACACCAACAACACGACAAUGUCGAUUGCACCAGCACACGUCAUGGUCAAAGCAGACAUCAAUGAGAAGUUCGAGAGCACCAAGGAACGUCUGUCGCUCUCCAAGAUGUUCAACUGGAAGCUCCUGCAGUUGGCACGUCCCGAGACCAUGUUCAAUCUCAAGAAGAUGCCCAAAUCAUACGUUGAGGAGUACUUGUUGCGCCAGGACCACUUCAACGCGCUUCGUUUCCUUCACAAUGUUAUCCAGCGACGUAUGAUUGUUGGCGAUACCAAUGUGUCCAACAAGUGGAUCAUCUACACAAGGAGCUCGCCAUCUCUCGACCUCAUGAAUGACGCCAAGGUGGACGAGGUUGCGCCACUUCUCUUCUCAGGCCUGGACCUCACAACAUACACACGGCCUCUCACAAACAAUAUACUGAGUAUCAUUCAGAUUAGCUCGAUCAAGUCCAGCGAGCAGUGUCGCAGCGAGAUCGUCAAUCGGUUCAUCAACAAUGAUGACAAGCAGAUCUGUUUGAUCGUUGCCAACAUGGAGUUUGUCAAUCAACAUCAGAUCAACUACGUUGUCAACAUAUUCAAUGAGUUCUCCAGGCCAGACAAGCUCGUGGUGACCAUCUGCCACUACUCGCCCGAGUUCUCCAUCUCCAACCAGACCAAGCUCAACUCGAUCUUCCUCAACGGCUUUGACUACCUCUAUGUCGACUCGUUUGGAGUUGGUGUCAAUCACAUCCCAAUCGAAUCAUUUGCCAAGAAGAUCGAUGUUGACAUUCGAACAUGGAUCGCCAAGGCAUAUGGCCUGCGUCCAAUCAAGGCCGACGACUACUCACUUCGCGAAGCCUUCAAGACCAUGUUCCUUGAGAAGCUCACCAACAUCUCAAUGACGUCGAACAAUAUCCGCAACUUCAACAAUCACCGACAUCUCUCGGAAACGACCAAGGAGUUCUAUUCCAACGCUCAAUUCAGGAGUCUGCGCGCCAAGGACUUGUUUGUCAAGCAUCCAGUAUGGUACAACGAGAUAAUUCAAUCAUUUGAGCGAGUCUGGGACGAUGAGCACGUGUUCCCGAGGAUCAUCGCCAACAUCUCCAACCUUAUCUUGACGGGCAAGACAUGCUCUUCAUUCCUCCAAACGAUCAAGGACUCGAUGGAAUCAUAUCUGUACCCGACAAUCGCUCAAACAUUCCGCUACCUAUUCAAUCAUCUGAUGUUUGAACACAUCAAUCGUGUGGAGGUCGACACCGCGCAGGAGCAGUUGGUCACCAUGAUCAUUCGAAGCAUUGAGUUCAACAGACCCGUGGAGAUUGAGAACCGGUUCGAGCCAGUCAAGCUCAGCGUGCCACUUGCUGUGAGGGGUGUAGCCGGCCAGCCCAAGGCUAUCACUCUGCCGCUGUUCGAGACGAUCAACACAAUCAUUCAGAACAUGCUCAAUCAUGUGUUGCACACUACCAAGUCGCCUCAGAUCGAUGCGAUCACCAGCAGUAUGCACGAACAUAUCCAACGACAUCGUGCACGCGACCUUAUCACACACAUCGACAACAACUACCAACUGCGCAAUGACUACACCAAAGACUUUGUGGUACACCAGUUGGAGUUUGAACCCCAAUGGACCAUGUUCGUUUUCAACAUGAUGCAGAGGCUUACGCCUCUCGAGCUGAACUCGAUCGUGGACCUGUCCAUCAUCAAACACUUCCAUUCACCCACCAUCAACUUCCUCAAACAUAUGGUCGAGCCCAUCUAUCACUUGGACAAGGACACCGACUUCUUGGAGCUGUUCAUAGGCGAACUCAACAACACCCCGAUUAACGAGCGUGUGCUUAAGACCUCACACAUCCGAGACGUCAUCGUACGAUUGUCAAUGAGUCGCCUUGCUGACGCCUUUUCCUCGGAUGUGCGCAUGGCAGAGUUUGAGUUCCUCAAGGACUGGCUCGCGGUGGUCCGCGAAGUGUUCAAUCGUAACACGAUCGAGCAGAUCAGGCUCAGGACCAGCGACAGCACAGUUAACUACGUGUUCAUCGUGUACCAGAUCCUCAUUGACAAUGCCAUCUCUCACAAUGAUGAGCUCAUUAUCAUGUCCACCGCACGUCUGCUUCGUGAGGCCUUCCCAGAACCCUUGACAUCCAACAACACACACGCGACACUCACACAGCUCCAUCAACUCAACAUCCACCUCGUCACAUCCGACAUGCCACCAGUCCCAAUCCAAUGCGUGCUGGACAUCAUCGAGGCGUCACUCUACAAUGAGCACAACAUCAAUGUGUUCUUGCGCAUCUGCAACAAGGACAGGACACUGCGAUCAGAGAUGCCAGAGCUGGUCGAUCAGAUACCUUAUGGAUGGUGCUCCAACCUGCUCCACACACUCCUAUUGCGACAGGAUACAACGCGUAUGGUCAAGAGGGGCAUACUCUCAAUCUUGGGCAACGGACAGGUCGAUCACAAACGCAUCGACAACCCUGCAGUUCUGCCAAUGAUGCACAGUGAGGUCAUGCGCAAGUCUUUUGGCGCUGGCACUAACCCAUGUGCUGCCAACCCGCCAUUGGCCAACGUGUUGUAUCACUCCAUCAUGCAGUGCAAUCGCGCCACUGGACCGUUAGACAUCAACCAACUGAUGGCCACACGAAGCGACAACGUAGUCAACGAUGUCUACUCGACAAUGGAGCGAUAUGUCUUGGACACAAUGUUGCUCGAUCAUCUGGCCACACUGAUCAACACAGUAAAGACUCCCGCUGCACUGAUCAAUCAUCUAACCACACAUGCCCAGGAGCAAAAGGCCUAUCGAUCACUGUUGGACACGACCAAGCCGUCAUCAAUGACAUUGGCCAACAACAUAGUGAUCAAUCAAGUCUAUUUGCUCAACAACAUCACAUCUGAGGCUGUUGUGAUUGAUCUGGUCAAGUCGGCACCCUUGCUCAAACUGCUUGGCAUGGACGAAUUGCAUGUAGCCGAGAACAUACUUGUGAAGCAGAUGACUCUAAUGCCAUUCAUUGACGACACCGCGCAUCCCGAUCACAAGCUGUACAUCAUGUUGAAGACUGCAGUCGACUCCUCUUCAAUUGACGUGGUCAACGAACUCAUACGCGCAACUCCAUCUGAUCGUGACCGUGGCUUCAUCAGGAUGGCACUGUUCCUGCUGACCUACCAGAUGUAUCUCGCGGCCACCCCACUCAACUUUGUAGACACGUUGUUCGACAACAACACAUUUUCCCAUCACUUUGGACUCGCCAACUACAAGCACUUCUACACCAAGUUCACCCAAGAGAGGUUCAUCUCCUGCACCCUCGACAACAUGCUCAGACGCACCGCCAACAGGGACCUUCAACUCGAGAUCCGUGCUCAGAUCUUGGUCAACUUUAUAGCUGUGGCCAUCGGUUGCUCGCCCAAUUCGUACCUGUACAAUGUAGCGCGGGCUCCCAACACAGUGGUUGUCAAGCCCUUCCCCGCGCACGAGGGACAUGCAUUCAAGGAUUGUGGAAUGAUGUAUCGCAUGCAGCAUGGACCCGUCGUGACUGGCACGAUGGGCGGCAUCACAAUGUACAAGUUCCUGGUCAACUGUCCAUCAUGGGGAGUCAUGGCCUACGCACUCACAUGCUGUGCGGACAAUGUCUACCAGGCGAUCUCAAACACGGCCUUUGUGAUCAGAGAUCACACCAAUAACACACGCGAGACACUCGUCAACUAUGUCGCCGACAGGUCAUACACAUGCAUCACCGAGGUCGAGGGCAACCCAAUGAUGCGCGAUCAACACAUGGACUACAGUUUGUUCUUUGCCGAGUUUGCCUAUGUCAUGUGGUCCGACUCAUACUUUAGCCCAAUCUCAUUCCAGCAACAUACCAACAACAUCCCUGCAUACGAGCGACACCUGACCUCUUUGAUCAAGUCGGUAGAGUACUCAUAUCGCACGCUCCAGGACAAGAGGACUGCGAUGAGUCAGCAGCGCCAGACCAAGAUGCAUUGGAUCAGAGAGUUACGCAACACGUACACAGGCAUCAACAACUCGCCAGCCAUCGACCCGGAAACGGCCACCUCUAUCGUCUCUGACCGACAGGACAUACCGGUCCUCAAGCUAUUCAAUCAAAAGAUCGAGGACAUUGUGUUGUCCCGCCACAUCCCAGUGAUGGUCCACUUCCUCAAGACAUUCUUCCACUACUUUAGCUAUCGCCUGCCCAAGGACUACCUCAACCGCACCGUGCCCGAGUGUUUGGAGUUCAUCACACCGCUCGAAUCGAUCGAUGCCACGUCCACAAUACAUCGCGCGUGGGAUGCGCUCAAGGACUCGUGGGAUAAGGUCACCAAAAGACUGACGGCUAUCGUGGUCGGCUGCCACAGUACACACGUGGGCAAGAUCGAUGACAGCACUCCACUCACACAGAUCAUCUACAGCACAGUGGACGAGCAGAACAUCGGUUCAAUCAUUGAUCUGAUCAACACUUGGAUGCAGAACACACAGCAAAAGAUCUUGGAUGAUCUCAACAAUGCAUCAGAGGAAACUAUAUUCGGCUCGAUCAUCAAUGGAUAUGGUGGAGAGAAGAGUAUGCGGGGCACAAAGAUCGACGAAGUGCCUUCAGAGUAUGGUGACAACUACCUCUUGAUCGGCGCCAACAUCGACACACAAAGGUUCUACGACUUCCUCUCUGGCGCCAUCGCCAAGUAUCACUCAUUCACGAGGAGUGAGUUCAAGCCCAACAUGAAGAUGAUUGAGUCCAAGCUCAUUUGUUCAUUCCUCUCGGGCAAGGUGUAUCGUGCCAACCUGGAACGAUUCAACAUGUUCCCAAUCGCCCAUGCCGUGGUCGCCGAGGACAAUGAUCCACAAUCUGGAAUGAACCCCAACACAUUGAUGUCCGAGUCGAUCAAGAGUCUCAUCUCGCUGAACAUGAAGCUGCUGGCGCCAUGGAGGAAGCCCAUCUCCAAGACAUGCCAUACACUGCUGACAUCACACUGCCACUCCAAGAGCUCACACAAGGAGAUGGAGUCUCUGUGCCAGUACUUCAAUAUGGCCAUCACUCACUUGCUCAGACACAAUCACUAUGAAGAGCAACUGGACAACAAUAUCACAGUGCACGAAUUCACUCAAUCAAAGAGGAUCGGUCAUGACAACCUUCCAGGCGACUUCCUCUCGGUACUAGAGAGUGUUAGUCUCAACUCGAUCCACACAGUGACCAGUCUUGUGAUCAAGGAGUAUCUUAUGUACAGCUACCUCUACGCCGACACAAUCAGACAGCCCGUCAACCCCGAAUUGGGCAGCUUCAAUCUUUUGAAAGACAAACUGCUUGCUGACCUCAAUACAUCGCCAGACGCAUGGAAGCAAUACCUACACACAGUGAUCCAUCGACUGAACUCACCAGACUGCAAGGAGGACAUCAAGAAGGUGCAGCCCAACGAACCUCUACGCAACCUUCUCGACAAGUACGUCCCAUCCACUCAUGAAGAGUUCAAGAUGCCGCCGUCCAAGACAUUUAACACGCACAGGGAUAUAGUUGAGGUCGGUCUCACACUCAACUACUACCCCAUCCUCAUGAGGACGCUUCAUGACGUGCUGUCCACCGUGUACAUCAGCUCACUUGAUGCACCGUCCGCCGAGUUCAAGGAGCUACAUGGCUCGGAACUUGAGAUUGACGACCCAAUGGACACUGCUCGGCCAACAUCUUCAGCAGCAGAGGACGCCGAAAUGUCCGCUCGGGCACCAGAUCACAAUGAUGCAGACGCAAUUGACAGAGCCCCCAAGUCUCAUGGACUCAUACAUCCCAUCAAACCUCCACAAGGUAACGAGUUGGCCACAUGUCUCUUCAACUGGCUUCGCUUCCUUCCAAGUCCACCUCAAUACCAUUCGAACAAAUCGUUCAUCGCCAGUCUGAUCGAUCACUUUAAGAAGGACUGCAUCGACCCUGACCAACCCAUCAACGUUGAUAUGCUGUUCACUGAGCUUGCCAAGGGAGCCGAGCAACCCAACAACGCUGCACCCGAGUAUCCAGGCUGUCUUCUUAUGUCCAUACUGGACCAGGUGACAAAGAAGGACGACUUGUUUGAAGCAACCAUCAUGAAGGAGUGUGACAAGUGUGAGAACUCUUGGUUGACACAGUCCAAUAUCAUGUUCAGAUGUCACAGUAACAAUCAACACGACGAUAUCAACAACACGAUACGCGAUUCAAUCAAGGAUGAUGCCAGCAACCAAUGUCCGAACUGCCACCUACCACCAGUCCAAACACUUGAGAGGCAUCCACAAUAUGUCUUUGUUGAACUCGACCGAAUGAACAUCAUUGACCAGAGCACCAUGACCGUCCUCACUCUCUCGGACUACUACCAAUCAGACUUUAUCAUAUCAUAUCAAUUACAAUCGUUCAUAUUCAAGGAGGAUAGCGUUCAAGGAUAUACAUUGGUGGUCAAUUCCAAUGACAACCAAGUGUUGUUGUGCUCAUCACAUUCAAUCCAACGAGUGAGUCGUGAUGAUUGUCCAGAUGUAUUCCAAAAGGCGCCAUUAUUAUUGAUGUACAAGUUCGACGACAAGGUGAAGAAGAGACAAUGA